ACAUAAGUACAGUACCUUGUUCAUUUUUGAUAGAGAUUUCCAUACUUCAAAGAAUUUUUAAUGAUAAUGUAUUAUGAUUCUAUAAAUUCUGUUUGUAAUAUCUUAAUGAUGAUUUUGUAAUUUUUGAAUAGAACGUGUAUAUUUUCAUAUAAAUAUACAGAAGUCUACUUGAAUAUCUUAUAAAAUGGCAAACACUGGGGUAUUACCAUUUGUACGUGGUAUUGAUUUUAGCAGCAAUGAUUUUGGUAAUGGUAAAUUUCCAGAAUCAGUACGUCUUAUGACUGGUAUACAAUGGCUGAAAUUAAACGAAACCAACUUAACAGAAAUCCCAGAAGAAAUGGGUAAACUAUUAAAAUUGGAACACCUUUCAUUGGUUAAAAAUAAGCUGGAACGCUUGUAUGGAGAAUUGACGGUGCUUGGUUGUCUCAGAACAUUGAAUAUUAGACGCAACAAUAUCAAGUCAAGCGGCAUACCAGCAGAAUUGUUUCAUUUAGAGGAAUUGACUACGUUGGAUUUGAGUCACAAUAAUUUGAAAGAAGUACCAGAAGGACUCGAGCGAGCUCGCUCCUUGCUAAAUCUUAAUUUAAGUCAUAAUCAUAUUGACACAAUCCCUAACACGCUGUUCAUUCAUCUAACUGAUUUGUUAUUCCUGGAUCUUAGUAAUAAUAAAUUGGAAACGUUACCACCACAGACUCGUCGUUUGGCCAAUCUGCAGAGUUUAAAUUUAAAUCACAAUCCGUUGGGACACUUUCAGUUAAGGCAACUACCGUCCCUGAUGAAUCUAACGACCCUGCAAAUGCGCGAUACUCAACGGACGUUAAGCAAUAUUCCGUCGAAUUUAGAAACGUUGACGAAUCUCCAAGAACUCGAUCUAUCACAAAAUAAUUUACCUCGAGUACCAGACGCUCUUUAUUCGUUACUAAAUUUGCGCCGGUUAAAUUUAAGCGAUAACGAAAUAACUGAACUAUCUACAGCAAUUGAACUUUGGACCAAGUUGGAAAUAUUAAAUAUUUGUCGUAAUCAACUGACAGUAAUACCUGCCUCCGUGUGUAAAAUUGUUACUUUAAGGAGACUCUACUUAAAUGACAAUCAACUGGAUUUCGAAGGUAUUCCUUCGGGCAUUGGCAAGCUAUCGUCGUUGCAAGUAUUUUCCGCGGCUAAUAAUCACCUGGAAAUGAUACCAGAAGGCUUAUGCAGAUGCGGUUCGUUGAAAAAAUUGAUACUGUCAUCGAAUCGAUUGAUCACUGUACCGGAUGCUAUUCAUCUCCUUACCGAUUUGGAACAGUUGGACCUGAGAGACAACCCAAAUUUGGUAAUGCCACCGAAACCGAUGGAGGUUCAAAAAGGAUCUGGUAUAGAAUUCUAUAACAUUGAUUUUUCUCUGCAACAUCAACUACGACUUGCCGGCGCAAAUGUUCCAACGCCAACGCAAACGGCGAAUAGCAAAGAUCCGAUAGCCCGUAAAAUGAGACUCAGAAGAAGAAGGGAUCAGGAAGAAGCUGACCAAGAUCAAGCCAAGAUAUUGAAGGGUAUGAAAGAUAUAGCAAAAGAGAAGAACAAAGAUAAAGAGUGCGAAGAAUCUAAAGUGGAAUCAUUGAAGCCGAAGCGAUGGGACGAAACCUUGGAAAAACCACCGUUAGAUUAUUCCGAGUUUUUUGAUGAAGAUGCCGGUCAGGUACCUGGACUGUCCGUAUGGGAAAUUGAAAAUUUCUUACCUAACGAGAUAGAAGAGGUAGCGCAUGGCAAGUUUUAUGAAGGCGAUUGUUAUAUCGUUUUGAAGACGGAGAUCGACGAAGCUGGAUCUUUGGUGUGGGCAAUUUAUUUCUGGAUCGGAGAAAAAGCUACGUUGGACAAAAGGGCCUGCGCUGCGAUUCAUGCUGUAAAUUUACGUAAUUAUUUAGGUGCGCAAUGUCGCACUAUCAGAGAAGAGCAAGGCGAGGAAUCCGAUGAAUUUUUAAUGUUAUUUGAGUCUGGUAUCACGUACAUAGAAGGUGGUCGUACUUCAUCCGGCUUUUACACAGUUGAAGAUACGCCGUCGAUAACGCGACUUUAUAGAGUACACGCCGCCGGUGCUUCGAUUCAUUUAGAACCGGUCCCAGUCUGUUUUGACUCUUUGGACCCGGAUUUCGUAUUUGUUCUGGACUCUGGUUAUAAGAUUUUUAUAUGGUACGGUAAAACAGCAAAGAGCACCUUGAAAUCAAAAGCAAGAUUAAUGGCUGAGAAAAUAAACAAAAACGAAAGAAAGAACAAAGCAGAAAUUCUAACGGAAAUCAUGAAUUCCGAAUCGGACGAUUUUCUGUCGCAUUUGAAUGUGAAAGACAUUUCGCAACUACCACAAAUCACUGUAAGUUGGCAUUUAUUAAAAUACGCGAUACAGACCCGUUUGCACCUUGAAUUGUUACAAACGGUUCUUCCUGUACAGGAACACGUAGAUCCGAAUUUUAUACCGUUUACACCACGUCUGUAUCAAGUUCAGCUUGGUAUGGGUUAUUUAGAGUUACCACAAGUCGAAGUACCUCAUGGAAAAUUAACGAACACGUUGUUGAACAAUCGUAACGUUUAUAUAUUGGAUUGCCAUUUGGAUGUCUACGUUUGGUUUGGAAAAAAGUCAACGAGAUUGGUACGAGCUGCUGCUGUUAAGCUUUCUCAAGAAUUGUUUAACAUGAUAGAACGGCCGGAAUACGCUAUGGUAACAAGAUUACAAGAAGGAACCGAAUCUCAGAUUUUCAAAUCUAAAUUUACCGGUUGGGACGAAGUUAUAGCUGUCGAUUUUACUAGAACUGCCGAAUCGGUUGCUAAAACUGGCGCAGAUCUUACGAAAUGGGCCAAACAGCAGGAAACGAAGGCAGAUCUGGCUGCACUUUUCAUGCCUAGACAACCGUCGAUGUCGUUCGCUGAGGCGCAACAACUCAUGUCCGAAUGGAACGACGAUUUAGAAGGAAUGGAAGCGUUGGUUUUAGAAGGGAAGAAAUUCGUACGUUUACCAGAAGAUGAAUUAGGCCAUUUUUAUAGUGGUGAUUGUUACGUAUUUUUAUGCCGUUACUGGAUGCCACUCGAUACUACGGAGAACGAAGACGGUGACGAGCAGUUCGAGGAAGAUUAUCAGUGUACAGUAUAUUUCUGGCAAGGUAGAGACGCAGGAAACAUGGGAUGGUUAACGUUUACAUUUAGUUUACAGAAAAAAUUUAAAUCGUUAUUUGGUGAGAAUUUGGAAGUGGUUAGAACUCAUCAACAACAAGAAAAUUUAAAGUUUUUGGCAUACUUUAAAAGAAAAUUUAUUAUUCAUCAUGGCAAGCGUAAACAGCCUAAAUCGUCUGGUAAUAAUAAGGUUGAAUUCUAUCACUUAAGGAGUAAUGGAAGUGCGUUGUGUACUAGGCUGAUACAAAUACCAGCUGAUUCUUCAUUAUUAAACUCUUCGUUCUGUUAUAUUUUAAACGUGCCGUUUAACAACGACGACCAAACUGGAAUAGUGUACGCUUGGAUUGGUUCUAAAGCGAACAGCGAUGAAGCUCGUUUAAUCGAAGAAAUUGCCGAAGAAAUGUUCAAUAACCCAUGGAUUAGUUUGCAAGUUUUGAAUGAAGGUGAAGAACCAGAUAACUUCUUCUGGGUAGCUCUUGGUGGGAAAAAGCCAUAUGAUACCGAUGCGGAAUACAUGAAUUACACUAGAUUAUUUAGAUGUUCGAACGAGAAAGGAUAUUUUACUAUCAGCGAGAAAUGCGCCGAUUUUUGUCAAGAUGAUUUAGCAGAUGAUGAUAUUAUGAUACUUGAUAAUGGUGAACAAGUAUUUUUAUGGCUAGGAAGCCGUUGUUCGGAAGUGGAAAUUAAAUUGGCUUAUAAGUCUGCUCAGGUAUACAUUCAACACUUGCGAGUAAAGCAAUCUGACAAACCACGAAAACUAUUUUUAACUGCAAAAGGAAAAGAAUCCCGAAGAUUCACUAAAUGUUUUCACGGUUGGAGUUCGCAUAAAAGGUCGCCUUAAUAAGAUGUUUGAUGGAAAUUCAUUUGUAAUAUUCCUAUAUUGCUUUUUGACAAGCUCCGAAGAUGAGGAUGCAAAAAAUUUAUACAGGAUUGUUUGUAAUACGAGUUUAUUACGUAUUUACGAAUAACAGUAUUACGGUGCUACUACCGUCAUAUUGAUGCACAAUUUCUUAUUCUUAUUUUCUCUUUUUUGCACAAAGAACCGAUCAUUUUUCGUGAAAAGAAAGGAAUAAUACUGCUUGAGUAACAUCAGUAAUAUUUCUAAUUUAUCUGUGAGUUCAGUGGAGUUAUUUACAUAACAUGUUACACUUGUCACAUCUAUAUAUGUACAUUUAUUCUGGAUAACUUGAUAAACGAAUUUGCAGAUACAUUUUUACAUGUA